CCUCCUGUAUCCACCCCCCGCUCCAGCUGAGGCCGUCUCAGCGCACGAAUGAUUCGGGUCAUUCGCAUGCACCAGCACAAGGCUGACCGGCGACAACAUGCUGCGUCGACCUAUGCGCCCUCUAUUUAGAGGCGCCCAGGCCUCCCUCAUUCCCUCCCCUUGCUUUUCCUUCUACCAUUGCAUUGAGUACCCGGGUCAUUCCAUCCCGCUUUGUACGUUUACCUUAGAGACGAUCUCAACUCUCUCUUAUACGAGCUAUGUCUGAGCUCGUACGAUCGCACAGCUUCCAAACCCCUCAAGAAUACUACUCGAGCUUCAAAACCAGACCACAUCUCCAGGAUGCAUUUCGCGAUAUCGAUGAGGCAAGCAACCUGAAGACCUACUUGGCGCUCUUGAAAGAUUCCCAGACCCGCAACUUUGUGCUGGACUUUGGCAAUGACGAUGCAUGGUGCGCGGUGAACUUGGACCAGGAGGAUUUUGCGCUGCUGCUGCGCAAGCCAAAACCAAGAUGUUUUGGCACUCGGUGGAUCAACAUCUGGGCUCCCGAGCAACAAAAGGAGUUGAUCAAGACCAUCACCAGUCACUAUGGUGUCUCGGAACGUCUGCAGGGAAUGAUGUGUACUGACCCAGUGGAACGACCGUUGAAGGCCACCGUGCCUACCGAGCCUCCAAGGAACAACUUCCGCCCAAGAAACUCCGAUCGCCUGCGUCGUUCUCGUCCGGAUGAUGUGGAGGGAAACGCCCUGCGAGACCUAGCAGAUCCGGAAGAAAUCCGUGCUGCUGCUUCGUUCAGAGGUCUAACGUUCGCCAAUGUGAUCGACCAGAUAUGGCACUUUUGCUCGGUGGACUAUGGUCCGAAAUACACUUGCGUCGGAUACAACUCGCUCUUUGUGGUACCUCAAUUCGAGAUGGAUAAUGGGAGGGAAUUGCCAGCAGGGAAACGACUAUGGUCCUGGUUGAUCCUGUGUGACGACGGGACUGUAAUUUGCAUGCAAGAGAACCCGUUUCCUGGUCUCUCUGGGCCAUCGGAGAAAGAGCUACAAUCUGUGCUCAGUGUUGUCCGCCGGAACAUGCAGCUCAUCUUCGCAGGUGUUUCUAAGCAGCACUUUGCUUCGUCCGAAAGCGACUCAUUGGUCACCAUCAGAGUACGGCCGUUCUUUGAAGGUGGGCCAGAUCAGGUGAGCAUCAAGCAAGAUGACGGCCCAAGUCUGCUUUUCUAUUAUAUAUUCGACGACUGGGUUUCCUCGUAUGCGCUUGUUGCGCAACGCGAACACAAGUAUGGAGUAUCUCUUAACAGACUGAGACAAGAUAUGCUAUCAAAACCGGUGGUCGAUCUAAUUCACGACUUGCAUCGGCUAGGAAGGCAGUUGGCAGUUUUGAAGCGUCUCUAUCAGAGCUACGAGCUCAUCAUGAUGCGUAUAUUGCAGAGACAGCGCAUGCUUCGCGAUGAAGCCCGUUCAAACCGCCCACAACUGGCCAUUGGGCAAAGCUUUGGAGAAAACGAUGGGGAUUCCCGCCACUCGACCACGCGAAGUAGUUUCAGUUUCUCGACCAUCCCAGAUGCCAGUGUAGGCGUCCAACUAAGCCCGCCUGCCGUGGCUCGAUUCGAAAGAUUGCUCGAUCGAAUCAAGCUAUACUGUCUGUCUGAAAUUGACAGCUGUCUGACAGAAAAGGAAAACCUCACUUUUUUGAACUUCAACCUGAUUGCCCUUAAGGAUUCUCAGGCUGUUGAGAAAUUAACGAGGAUCACAAUCCUCCUGGCAAAAGUGACGAUUCUAUUUUUACCAGUCAGUCUAAUGACCGGCUAUUUCUCAACAGAACUCCGGAAUGUCAAGGGUGAAUAUACGAUCAAUCAAUACUGGGUCAGCUUUGGGGUGAUCAUGUUUCUGUCCGCAGUCUUACUCUGGGUCUUCGGUUACGCCAGCGACACCGUGGAGGGCAAGACAAUCUAUCAAUCCUUGUCCCGCAGCUUCUUCCGGAUGUCAAGAGACAGGGUCUCCCACCAUAAAAACGAGGCACCGGGCGGCACAAUUCAUCGAUCUUGAUGCUGGAGAUCCGCCGCACCAUGUGAUGCGAAUGAUACAACAUGUAUAGAAUGUACAAUAGACGACCAUGAAUCUCAGGACUCGUGAGCCAGAUUGAUCACCAAUCUGCUUAUCACUGACCAAUGCCACGAAUGCGUUUUAACAUUAGAUCUUGAGAGAUCAGUCACAUGAUCGGUCUACUGCUACUCCAUUUUGCAGUGGAUGUUUCGAAUAAAGAAUAAUAGGCAGACUGAUAUGAUCUGUCGGGUGCAUUGCCCCAUCCAAACAGGGUCCAUCUAAAGAUCUAAGAUUCUGCCACACCCGCUUGAAUUUGUGUUCCCGGCCCACCCAAUGCACGAGUCCUUCUGGCGCAAACGUUGAUCCCUUGGUCUGAGAUAUCAACGCCGAUGUUG